CCUCCCUAACGUCAGCAGUAGGUGGAUGGGAACUUCCUCGUUGGGUUUUUACUUUAUGUCAACAGUCGGAGUUCAGUAAACGCGACGUGUGUGUGUGUGGAAAGCCCCGGUUCUUCUCCGGUACAGGCUGAAAAGUCCGACUGCCGCUUCACUUCUUCUCUUUUCUCUCUCUGGGCUGUUUGUGGACGAACAUGACUUUCUGUAGACUUCUCUCGGCGGUUCUUGUUCCGAUCUGUUGGGCUCUCUUGUCGGUGGCGGAGCAGAAUGUGACCAGACCCGCCGGAGCCACCGCGGCGCCGCGACCCGCCGUGACCAACUCCAGCGGGGUGAACAGCACACACGGCGGCGGCGGCAGCGGGAACUGGGGCAGGGAGAUGUUCAACGGUGUGGGCAGCUCGAUGAUGCAGAGGGGCCUGUACGUCCUCAUCGGCUUCACCCUGAUCGGAGUCCUGUACUUCCUGAUCCGAGCUGUGCGGCUGAAGAAGCCCGCCCACAAGAAGAAGUACGGUCUGCUCUCCAACUACGACGACUCUGUGGAGAUGGAGGCGGUGGAAAGCGACGAGGACGACACGCUGUACGAAGCUCGCAGCCUCCGCAGAUGAGUCGGGCUGAUGGAUCAGACGGGCGGAGACCUGCAGGAGGUUAUCGAUCGGGAGCCCGUCAGGUGAUAUUGAUUAUGGAUCGAGGGAGAGGACUGAGCGCUGAUCGCCGGAGGAAAACAUGGACCAAAUAUUGUGAUUGUUGUUGUUAUUGCAGAUAAAUGCCAAAGCUCUGACUGCUCCAGACACAGAGCAGGAUAAUCAGCUGUUUGUAACGUGCUGUAGUGUGAUGGGUGUGUGUUUACAUGGAGACGCAGGACGACGUCUGAGGCCAAAUCUCUUUUCUAAGAAUUUCACUGUGCUGUUUUUUCACUCUGAGCUGCGACGACGUGCUUCAGCUACUGUGAACUGACUCCAGACCAGCCGAGACAUGGAUCCAUCUGAUGGAUCAGGACUCUGACCUGGACGUGUCUGUCAGCUGUGAACAGGUUUUAAUGGACUGUCUCUGCAGGUGGAGCUGACUUCACUCUCUCCACCUCCGCUGCAGAAAAUCAGGGAAACUGAAUCAUGAUUGGCCUCAGAGCUUCACAUCUGCAGAUUAAAUCAUCUGUCUCUCUGACACAAACUGAAAGAAGCUACGCUAACGUUAGCAUCAGUGUUUGUGUUUAACAGACCAGAGCAGACACACUCAUUCUCACAAUAUGGUGUUACAGGCUGCAGCUAGCUGUUAGCAUGCUAACCUCAGUAUAAAGGAGUGACAGAACCAGUUCAGCUGCUUCAUUAGUGUUACUUUCUGUUCAUGCUAACGUUAGCUUAAACAGUGUUUCAUCAGCAUCAUGUGUCUGAUCCUGAAGAAUCUGAUUGGACAGAGGAAGAGCUCUCACCUGUUACCCACCAGGUGAGCUCUCUGUUUGACUUUGACAAGAUAUUUUCAGACUUUCCCUGAAUCUCUGCAGCAGAGGAGGAGGAGGAAGGAGAGGGAGGAGAGGAAGAGGAGAGGGAGGAGAGGAGGGGAGGAUGAGAGGAGAAGGAGGAGAGGAAGGAGAAGAGGGGAGGAGGAGAGAGGAGGAGGAGAGGAAGAGGAGGAUGAGAGGAGGAGAGGAAGGAGAGGGUGAAAACAGCAGAACUUUCCUUUAACUCUCACUUUAAUAAAAGGACUCGUGAACCUGCAGCAGGUUCAGAGACCUGAGUCCUGAACAGAGUCUCCUUCAGUCUGCUGCUGCGUUCACUUCUGUCAGAAAAUCCAAACCUGCAGGAUUUACUUUCUAAUCAUUAAACUGUUACAUUUGGA